GGCCGCGACGCGCACGCCUCUCGCUGCGACCGCGGAGUGUCAUGUGUGAGUGUUGAACGAUCAGUGAACAACCAUGAAGGGCCGACACCAAUUCCGACGCCGGUUCAGCCUCCAGCCGUCUUUCAUGAAAGAAGAACACGAGGAGGAGCGGCGACCUCACAGGACUGAAAGAACAGAAGACACCGUAUCAAGCAGCGGCAACCUAACCAAUAAUGCAGUCCGUCACAAAAUCGUCGUGAUGGGAGCAGCCAAAGUCGGCAAAUCCUCGCUCAUCUCACAGUUCCUCUACAACACUUUCUCGCCUAAAUACAAAAGGACGAUCGAAGAGAUGCACCACGGAGACUUUAAUGUUUCUGGUGUGAGACUGACGCUGGAUAUCCUCGACACAUCAGGAGCGUACGAGUUCCCAGCGAUGAGGGCGCUGUCUAUGCAGUCAGCGGAUGCCUUCAUACUCGUGUACGACAUAACAGACGCGGACAGCUUCGCAGAAGUCAGGACCUUGAGGGAUCAGAUCCACGAGACGAAGGAAAGCACAGCAGUCCCGAUAGUCGUAGUCGGCAACAAAGUGGACUUGGCAGAGACAGGAGCGCGACAAGUCGAGUUCCACACCACAGAAUCCGUGGUCACAGUGGAUUGGGAGAACGGCUUCGUCGAGGCCUCAGCGAAAGACAACAUCAACGUGUCACAGAUCUUCAAGGAGUUGUUAGUGCAAGCGAAGGUGAAAUACAAUCUGUCCCCGGCGCUGCGGCGGCGGCGGCGACAGUCCCUGCCUACGGGGCCCCAGGGGCCCCCCGGGUCCAGUCCGACCCCGCCCGCGUCUUCCCACGCGCCCCACGUCCCGUCGCCGGCGCAGCUAGCUCAUCUCCAACAGAUCAGGGAACGACACAACAGCAAACGAAACUCGUGUGUCAUCUCUUAAGUUUUAGUAUUAUUGAUAUGAGAGUGUAAAGUUGCUUUGGUGAUAUUUGGUAAUAAUAGCGGUAAAGAUGGUAGUGUCAAAGAUAGGGUUUUGAUUACCUAGUAUAUUAUACAAUGUAAUCAAAACCCUAUCUUUCACUUUACCGUCUAACCAGCGUGUAGCGUGUGUGGAGUGUAAGCCAAAUCCUCCAUUUGCCUCUGGAAAAUUGGAGAGGGUUGUUUUUCUGCAUUGGGGACAGGAUAUGAACUGAUGAUGAUGAAUAAUAUAACAAUAGCACAAGAGUCGAGAUGAUAAUGUUAUUGAAGCUCGAAUAUAUCGCCAAAACAUUUUACAGUCUCAUCGUUCUACCAAAUAUCUACUUAAUAGAAAUACUUUAUACGGAAAUAAUUUAUCUAAGAUUGAUUAAGUGAUAAGUUUUUUACCAAUCAUUCCUGUACUCGUUUUUAAAGUAAAGAUGUCUCAUAUGUCUCUCUAUAUUAACGUUUUUCCUGGAAGCUCUUUCUUCUUACCCAGUGUUUUAAGCUUUUAUUUCGCUUUUCCGAUAAAAAAAUAUCUCCUCAGCAUAAUUGUUAUUUCGAUAAAAAGCUUCACUUUACUUUGUACUUAAA